AUGCCGCUCACAAUUAAUGUUCAUCCAGAAUCACAAACAAAGGCUCAGCCUCAUUCUUGCUUCCAUCGUCCUUCGCCUGAAGGUCAUGUCCAACGAGCUGACCGCUCGCCUGGCAAGUCCAUUCCCGAUACUGGCUGGCGCGGUUCUCCCCCUAUCCCCUCAUCUGAUGGCGGUGAUUCUGAGAAAGAUUGGAUAUCAAAGCCACCAUACAAUUGGUCGCCAGCGCGUAGUGCAGAAGGCGAGGAGCUCUUCAAGACAAAAUACGAAUCACAAUGCCAACAGUUGCACGGUGCCCCCUUCCAAUGGGCGGUCAUCUUUCCAAAGACCAGUGUCCGGAUUCUGGAGAACAACAGCUAUACUCUCCACUGCUUCUCUACGACGAAAGGAGCUAGUCAUCAUGUCCCGUGCAAAGUCUCCUGUGAGAUCUGUCGGGCGCCACUUUUCGACGAGGGGAAGCACACGGUGCUUGCAUACACAAUCCCUUUUGACUUUCAACCUAGUUGCCAUAUUUUCUACGAUCAGCACAUCAUGGAAGUGUGCGAUGGAAUUCCAAAGUGGAGAGGCCAUAAGAAUGAUAGUGAACUCGUGCAGGAGUCUUAG